UGUAGGAUACAUAGAUAAAUGGCCCAUCUUGCGUAUUGUGACUUUCAGUUUAUUUAACAAAAGAUAAUUUGUGACAGCCCGUUCAGACAGAUAUGUGGGAUAUCUGAAGUUUCUAUUUUUUUUUUUUUUUUCGUGUGUCUAUCAAAGAUGCCAAGUCAACUAAAAAUGUAUCUAUUUUAAAAACGUAGUUUGAUCAUGUGGCUGCAUUCUACUGUUACACAUCAUUUAUUAAUAAGACCCUAACAGUAUCUUGUUCAAAAAACCCUUCAUUUUUUAGUUUGCCAGAGGGUGUCGCUGGAGCGCGGAUCUUUGUUCUGAUCACCUUAGCAACAGACUGUAAAUACAUUUGCAGGCUUUCGUUGUAAGCACCUAUACAUGUGUUUUUAUGACCAUUGAAAGAUACCGUUAACACAAAUAAAGGUUUUCAUGUGUGACAUCAUACAGCAGAUUGACUGGUAAUUGUUCACGCUCUAGUGAGGAGAGAUUAGACUGCAAAGCCGGGCGAUAUACACACAGCAAAGUUCGGAUUGUGUGAGGCAAGAAAUAACGAGGCUCCAGAGCAGCUGAAAUCUUGAAGGCCAGGGUAAGGUGUGCUACUGAGCAGAAAGCCAUGGGGCUUUUUGACAAGCUUGCUGGGUGGCUGGGCAUAAAGAAGAAAGAGGUUCAUGUGCUGUGCCUUGGUCUGGACAACAGUGGCAAAACUACCAUCAUUAAUAAAUUAAAACCUUCAAAUGCGCAAACACAAGACAUAGUUCCAACUAUUGGCUUCAGCAUUGAGAAGUUUAAGACUUCCAGCUUAUCGUUCACGGUGUUUGAUAUGUCUGGCCAGGGAAGAUACAGAAACCUCUGGGAACAUUAUUAUAAGGAAGGCCAGGCUAUCAUAUUUGUUAUUGACAGCAGUGACACGUUAAGAAUGGUUGUUGCCAAAGAAGAACUUGAUACCCUCCUAAAUCAUCCAGAUAUUAAACACAGACGGAUGCCUAUUUUGUUCUUUGCAAACAAGAUGGACCUCAGAGAUGCUUUGUCUUCGGUGAAGGUUUCUCAAUUGCUAUGUCUUGAGAACAUCAAAGAUAAACCCUGGCAUAUCUGUGCCAGUGAUGCUCUAAAAGGGGAAGGUCUGCAAGAAGGUGUGGACUGGCUUCAAGACCAGAUUGCACAAUCAGAUCAGAAUGAUGAAGACGUGAAAGGCCUGUAGGAGCAUGCCACACAAGAAUGUGAUGAAGCUGAGCCCACCCCCCAUCAAUAUCAAGCUAUUUACUUUUAAAUUGGAGCAUAUACUUAGAGAGUAAAUGGCAACCAGGAUCUAAGCUACCUGCAAUGUGCAGACAAAUAACAUCUAACAUUUCUUCAUAAUACUGUCUGUAACUUUUAAUUAAAUCUGAGACAAGUCCAUCCACUUGUAAAGUGCAAUAUUCACUUUAGAGAUGUGGCCAGCAGGAGCUCUUUAAGUUAGAACGGAGAAGCAGGGAUAUUUAUUGCUUACUUUUCUGAACAGGUAUUAUUUGGCUAUUCGCAGCUUGAUAGUUUCUUGAUCCAUAAGAGCAUCUUUCACUUAAAACAACUGGAAAACACAUACAGAAUCCAGUACAAAUGUCAUCAAAUAACUAUUCACCUGGAUUCGCUGCUGUACUGUUAAUAUGUCUAAGAAAACUAAUUUUGUUUGGAAGUAGGUAUUGGAAGUAUUGGACCAUGACACAUGUAAAUUAAAUACACACACUAGUGCAAUAUUGUUUUUUUGUUUUUUUUUGGUAUUGUGUAUUUUAGGCAACACUGCUAUGUAGAGGCUAUACAUAUGUAUAUAUAUAUGUGUGUGUGUGUUUAUGUUAUUAUUUACAUUCUUAUGUUUGUGUUCUUAAUAAUGGGAGUAUUGUAAUUUAUAUGACACUAGUGCAUUUUUAAAGCAGCUCAGUAAAUUGGAUGGUGACAGGAUUGCUAGAAGACUGUACUUUACACAAUUCAAUAAAGUCAUAUUUACUGGCA